GGCGAUGGCGUCCGCAGGCGGGACGUCCCCCCGAAAACCUUGCAGAGGGUUCGAGCCCCCGUUCAUACGCCUGAGGAUGACCGGCGAAACCAUGCGACGGAAGGCCAACCGUCGAUGCCACGGACGCCAUCGGGCUUGCACGGCGAUGCUCGGUCGCUGCGAGGCAGCAGCAUCAGUCACUGGUCCAGGAUUGGACCUAUGCAAGUAUGUGGACCCCACCUGAGGACGCAUUAUGGUGCUCCUCCCGCCUGACUGACUGACAGACAGCCAGGAUGAAGGAGGCUUACAGGCGGCGUGCUCGACCCGCUGCCGGGGGAGGUGGAGAAAUGGACGUGAGCCCCGGUGAGCUGAUGGAAGCUUAGAAACUGGAGGUUCCGGGGUGAGCUGGAGCCUAUCCCAGCUGACUUUGGGCAAAAGGUGAACUACACCCUGGAUUGGUCCCCAGUCAGUGGCAGGGCACAUACUGUAUGAAGGCAGACGACCAGAUGCACAAAGUCACUUAGUGGAAACUGAAUCCACCCCGCCUACACCAAAAUCAGCCUUCCUUAUGUCGCCUUGUGGAGUACACCCUCGGCGCCAGUAUCCCCAAUGCGGCACGACACGGGGAUCGGCAUAUCAGAGACGGGUGAAUUGUUUGUUUGCAAAAUCAUCGCUACAGGGGCAAGUGUGACCUCCGCUGUGCGCAACCAGAGACAUGAGCGUUGUCAGGGACUUACAUGGGAUCGGCUUCAGAGGUGGUGGCGGCGUGGCUGCCCCGCUGAGCGGCCCGGCCCAUUUCACAGAGGAUGCGCCGCGGCCGCCGGUCCCUGGCGAGGAGGGCUCAGACGUGGAGAUGCCCGUGAAGUCAGCGGCCACCCGUCCCGGCGCACUCUCGCAAACUUUCGGGUUUCCGCUCUCCUUAACCGCCAAGAUAGCCGACUCCUCUGGUUACGCGCCCUCCUCGUCGUCAUCCGCGACCCCCCGUCGCCCUGACCUGGACCUGGGCUACGAACCAGAGGGCUCGGCCUCACCCACGCCGCCCUACCUGAAGUGGGCUGAGUCGCUUCACUCGCUGCUGGACGACCAGGAGGGCAUCCAGCUGUUUCGCAACUUCCUCUGCCAGGAAAGCUGCGCCGACCUGCUGGACUUCUGGUUCGCCUGCUCGGGAUUCCGUAAGACAAGCCCGGAGAAGAGGGUCAAGCUUGCCAAGGCUAUCUACAGGAAGUACAUCAUGGAUGGCGGCGGCAUCGUCUCCAAGCAGAUUAAGCCGGCUACCAAGAGCUUCAUACGAGACUGCGUGGGAAGGCCGCAUCCUGACCCCGCCAUGUUUGAGCAGGCCCAGACGGAGAUCCAGGCCACGAUGGAGGAAAACACUUACCCUCUGUUUCUCAAGUCGGACCUGUACUUGGAGUACACGCGGACUGGCGGCGAGAGUCCCAAGCUGAACCCCAACGACCAGAGCCCGUCGUCGGGGCCCGCCAAGCCCAUGCCAGGCUGCUUGCCCACACUGACGGAAGACGAGGAGUGGAGGUGUGAAAACGGGCAAAGGGAAGCAGACCAAGAGGAGGAAGAGUGCGGAGACACGCCGGCGGGAAGGCUGACCAACAGCUUGCUAAUGCAGACCGUACCGCAGAGGACCUCCACCAGCAGGCGCCAGCAAGACACCAGGGAAUGCAGACCCUGGAGAGAGCCGGUGAACCCUUACUAUGCCAACAUGGGUUACGCCCGCGCCCCCGCCACCAGUGCCAACGACAGCGAGCAGCAGAGUAUGUCGAGUGACGCUGACACGCUGUCACUGACCGACAGCAGUGUAGAUGGUAUUCCUCCUUACCGAUAUCGGAAGCAGCAUCGCAAGGAGAUGCAUGAAAGUGCCAAAGCUAACGGACGUGUACCCCUACCUCAUAUACCUCGCACGUAUCGCAUCCCAAAGGACAUCCACGUAGAGCCCGAAAGGUUUGCAGCUGAGCUCAUCAGGAGGCUUGAGAUGGUUCUCCGGGAGCGAGAGGCCGAGGAGCGACUGGAAGAGAGGCUGAAGAGAGUUCGACUGGAAGAAGAGGGGGACGACGCCGACAUCUCCGUCACCACCUCCAUGUCGUCUCACAGCAUGCCGCUCCCACUCCCCUCGUCCUUCCCGCCCCUGUACGGCGCCCAUUAUUCAGAGACCACUGCCAACACGGCGACAGUCGCCACCUACGGCGGCCUGGUGGCCAUGGAGGACUCUCACGACGACGACCCGGAGUCCAUCUUGGACGAGCACGUGCAGCGGGUGAUGAAGACACCAGGCUGCCAGUCACCAGGCGCCACCAACUUGGCCUUGGGAGGGGGCGGCCGACAGACGCCGCCCAAAUCCGUGCGGUCGCCUGAUGGGGGCAUCGGACCACCUCACUACCCGGCACACAGAGCGGGAGGGCACAGUCUUCCUGCUGCCGGGGUCAAAGGUAUGCAUCACCACAAGCAGAUGUACCACCACCGAGGACGAGAUGGCCAGGAAGAGGCAGGCUCCAGGUCGCAGCCUCACUUCCUGUGGAACGGUGAGGCGGCUGCCCAGUACGCGGCCAGGAGUCGAAACUAUGCCGACGGGGCCGGAGCCAGCACCCUGGACGGAAUGGGCUACAAUAGUAAAGGAAGCACGCUGUCGAGGCGAGGCAAAAAGCCGUUGGAGACGUCGGGCAAAGGUGACGACGGCGGCCGUGGGAUGGACACACAGGUGCCGCUGGAGGAUCUGGAGAGGAACCAGAAGAUCCUCCAGUGGAUGAUGGAGGGAGACAGGCAGAGGAAAAGCUCCCAUGGCGGAAGCACCAGCAGCUUCCGGCGGGUGGGGGGCAGCAGCGAGUCGCCGCGGCCCACCUCGGUGGAGCGCCCCGGGGCCGUCCACCCCUGGGUGUCGGCCCAGCUGCGUAACAACCCCUCCUCGGUGUCACCCGCCCUCGUCACGCACCCCACUUCGGCAACGUCUGCACAGGUGCAGCCCUCGCACCCCUUCAUCCAGGACCCCGCCAUGCCGCCCAACCCAGCCCCCAACCCGCUCACGCAGCUGGAGGAGGCCCGGCGCCGGCUGGAGGAGGAGAGGCGAAGGGCAGCUCUGCAGCAGGCCAAGCAGAGGCACAAGUCUGGAAAGCGGCAAGUGUGCGAGAACAUGACUGUGGCCUACUACUUCUGUGGAGAGCCCAUCCCGUACCGAACCUCCGUCAAAGGUCGGGUGGUGACUUUGGGACAGUUCAAGGAGCUGCUCACCAAAAAGGGCCACUACAGGUUUUACUUCAAGAAGGUGAGUGACGAGUUUGACUGUGGCGUGGUGUUUGAGGAGGUGCGCGACGACGCCGCCAUCCUGCCCAUCUUUGAGGAGAAGAUCAUCGGCAAGGUGGAGAAGGUGGACUGAAAAGGCGUUCAAGAAAGUCGGGGAAAAACAGAAGGUGAAGCAGCAUGUGGAGCUUGAAGAGAUAUCUCGGUAAAAGUGAGGAUUCGUUACUGUCUAAAAUGGCCUCCACUGUGGACAAAAUGACGGGGCAUGACGUCGUCUUCCACUUGUUCUCCAGACCAUUAUUAACGAUGCUGCUACUUUACCACGGAAACCCUAGACAACCUAAAACCUUAAACCGAAACUUAGGUGCUUGGUGGAGGAUGGCGGAUCAAAGGGAAGUGCGCAACUCCUCCGCUCCAUUUGCGGGACGUCACGUGGGCGACCAGUCUUUGACGACGACAAGUUCUCCAGACAACGUGUUUACCAACCAAAGCUACGUUUUGUUUUGUUGUGUUAAAAACUUUAUUUGAAUUGCGUAUGUACAAGACAUGGUACUAUUAACCCAGCCUAGUGUGGACAUAUCUCGCCGCAUAAUGUUGUAUUAUCGUGUGUUUUUUUUCUUCCCCCACUUCUAGCUGAUUCCGUUCUUUACUGCCACAAUAGGCCCUGAUCCAGUACCUUAAACAACAAGUUUUUACAGUUUUUCUUUGGUGGUUUUUGUUUUUUUACACCCUCUCAUAUCAUGAAAAAAUGAAAUCUGUCCCAAACUUCGCCCAAUCCAGCCAAAGAAGGCCACACCACAUCCCGCUAAAGGAGCUCAGACAAACAUCACGGAAUGUUGUUAUAAUCCAGAAAACUGCGUAAAUUUGACUAUCUACAUUUUGUGACUCGCUGCCGAAAAUGCAGAUAGUUGCCGUCUGAUCAACUGAAUGUAUGUCAGCUUUUUUCGUAACUCAGAUUUUUGUUGUUUCUGAUAAACGCAUACAUGCUAACAUUUUGAAAAGCAUGCAUGUCCAAAUUUUGUGAGUUUCUUAUCGAAAAACUUGAUUUGGACAAACUAGCAUUUAAUAUCUUAUAUGACUAAAUGUCUAAAGCAAAUAUCGUCACUGUCUGAUUAAAAAAAACAACAACAUAUUUUCAACUUUUUUCACAAGUCUGAAAUGUUUUGUCGUCGUUUCAGAUUAAAAAGUUGCAAAAUGUGGACAUACAUGCUUCAACAACAUCAUACGCCUACUUAUAGCAGAUAUAUUUUUGCGGCUUUGUGUAAGCAUAAGAAAGUUGCUUGAUGGAGUAGUAUCGAUUUUUCAACAGGCCUGCUUUCACGCGUUCAGCCGACACCCCCAGUGUUUGAAAGCGGAGACAUUGGCUUGAUUUUUUUCAUGAUUUUGAAGCCUCAUUUUAUAUACUCGACAAUUUUUUCACUUUUUUUUAAUCAUUCAAAUUUGGCAGGCUUGUUGACAACAUAUAUAUUUAGAAGGCAUUUAUUGUCACUUUCCAGAGACCUUAAACACGAAUAAGUUUUGCCGUUUUUUGGGGGAUAAAUUUCACAAUUCACGACAUCCAGGCUUUAAUAACAUCGUACACCCACUAGCUAGCGUUUAUCUUGACUCGAUGCCGAAAAGCAUGUAUCUACAAAUAAUAUUCUGUUGUCGUUCCGAUUAAAAACGCAUGUCGUGCACCUACUAGCUACAGUGCUGUGAAAAAGUAUUUGCCCCCUCCUCAAAUUCUUAAUUUUUUGCAUUGUUUUCCCACUUUGUUUGAGAUUAUCAAACAAAUGUAAAUUCCAUGUAAACAUAAAAUGCAGUUUUUAAACGGUGAUUUUAUUUGUUAAUGGAAAAAAAUCUAUUCAAAGCUACCUGGCCCCGUGUGAAAAAGUAAAUGCCCCCCUCCCCGUUAAAUCAUGACUUAACUGUGGCUAAUCACAUUUUUGGGAAAGUUGAGUUCAUUUUCAAUGACUACAUCCAAGGCUGAUUACCUCAGAUUUGUUCAAUAAAGAAAUCCCGUCAAUAGAACCUGUCUGACAAAAUGAAGUUGGCCAAAAGAUCUGAAAAAAGCUGCGACAAAAUGCCCCGAUCCAAAGAAAUUUAAGAACAGCUGAGAAAUAAAGUAAUUGACAUCUAUCAGUCUGCAGAGGGUUAGAAAGCCAGUUCGAAAAGCUUUACGACUCCAGCAAACCACGAUGAGAGCCAUUAUCCUCAAAUGGAGAAACAUGGGAAAGUGAUGAACCUUCCCAGGAGUGGCCGGGCGUCCAAAAAUUACCCCAAAACAUCUGAAUAAUUCCCAAGACUUUUGGGUGAAUCUUCUAUGGACUGACGAGAUGAAAGUUAAACUUUUUGGAAGGUGUGUGUCUCCUUACAUCUGCCCUAAAUGAAACACUGCAUUUAAAAAUAAAUAAAUAAAUCAUACCAAGGGUCAGACAUGGUGGUGGUAGUGUGAGGGUCUGGUGCUGCUUGUUAUUUCAGGACCUGGACAACUUGCUGAUGGAACCAUCAAAACAAAUCCUGAAGGAGAAUGUUGGGCCGUCAGUUUGUGACCUCAAGCUUAAGCACGCUUGGGUUCUGCAGCAGGAUAACGAUCCAAAACACACCAGCCAGCCAGUCAACUUCUGAAUGGCUUAAAAAAAAUGUAAUUAAGCUUUCGGAGUGGCCUAGUCAAAGUCCAUGCUCGAAAACCCUCCAGUGUUGCUGAAUGAAAACAAUUCUCCAAGGAAGAGUGGGGCAAAGUAUCUCCACAGAGAUGUUAAAGACUGAUUGGCAGUUACAGAAAACACUUGAUUUCAGUUGCCGCCGCUGAGGAUGGCCCACCCAGUUAUUAGGUUUAGGGGGACAUUAUUUUUUCACACAGGGCUAGGUCGCUUUGAAUAUUUUUUGUUUUUUUAAACUGCAUUUUAGGUUUACUUAUCUUUGUCUGAUAUUUACAUAUGUUUGAUGAUCUUAAACAGUAAAGUGGGGAAACUAUACAAAAAACCAAAAUAAUUUGAGAAGUGCGCCCAUACCUUUUCAUGGCACUGUAGUUUAUUUCUUCUCUAAUACGACUCACUGCUGAUAAGUUAAAUAUCGCCGGUGGACAAUAAAAAUCGCGUCACCUUAUUUUCUAACAAAGACAUUUGUUGACAUAAAUGCUUUAAAAAUGUACACCCACUAGCUAGCUUUCUUCAGGAAUAUUUUCGAUAUUAAAUAAAAAGCAUGAAUGUCCACAUUAUGCAUGUUUCUUUCCUUUUUCAAAAAACAUUUGUUUGCCAUUCAGAUAAAAGUUGAUUGCAUUUUAUCAGGCAGCUGCAAUAUUUGGUUUUUGGUAGCGAUCCGGACAAAAACAGCCAGGUCGUUGGUGUUUUUAAAUCAUGUAUAUGCACAUUAUGCGCGUUUGUUUUUAUCGGAAAACGAGUUUUUAUUUUUUUAUCUUUCAGAUAAAGGACAAAAUUUUGGGUGCUUUUUAUUGGACGGCAACAAUAUUAGCUUAUUUGACUUUUGAGUUUGACGAAAAACACACAGAUUCAAAAGAUUUUCAAAUAUUGCUAAAAAAAAAUCAAUAAUUGGGUGGCAAUAAAAGUCAUCCCAUCACAGCAAAAAAAAAAAAAGACAAUUUCUGCAAAUGUCAAACAACUGAAUUUCGGAAAUUGAAUGUAAUUUUUUUUUAAAUGGCAAACCCUAGUGAGGAUAAGCGGUAAAAAAAAACUGAUGGAUGUAUGCAAAUGUGAAUGUGUGUGCGCGCGUAUGUGGAGGUUUAAUGUAAAAAAAAAACAACAUAGUUGAAUGUGGCCCUCUGAACAAGUUGGCGGGUAAAAAUGUCAGGAUGCCAAACUGACUUCAAACCCGUCAUGCCUUGAUAUGAUUAUUUUUAAAUGAUUUGUUUAUAUCUAAAAAUAAUUUUAAUACUCACCAAGCAUGUUCUCUACUUUGUAAUGGCCUUGCCAAAUUUUUGUUUUAAUGCUAGCUAACAUCUCUGUCCUGUUUGUGAAAAACACAGUGCCUUUUUAUCAUAUCUUUAAUUUUGUUUAUAGGACAAAAUUCAUGAUUUUAAUGUUUAUUUUCUUGUUCCCUGCAUAAUUUUUCUUUUUUUUGUUUGUUUGUUUGUUUUUAGCUUUAGAUGCGCUAAACUCACUUGUCGCUCUCAUGACCGGUCUGCUGUAAAUAUGUACAUUAUCAUUUCAUACACGCGCCACCGCAAAAUGUCACUGUGCUGGUUACACUUGUAAAUUUCUUUUCAAAAAGGUACUUCAUAAAUAAAGAUGUUGGAUGAACA